UUCACUUUCUCAGUUUUUCACUCUUCGCAGCGCCAAAGAAUACGAUUCCGAUCUGCCACCGCACCGGCGGAGAUAAUUCCAAUUCAAUUGAUUCCAGCCAUGGCUUCCUCUCCGGCAUUGUGUUAUCUCACUCCAAAAGACACGUAUCCGAAGGAACCUUCACAAAUUAGGGUAAAAAACAAAACCCCUGCACCGAUUCAAAUUACAGCAAAACUAAUCCUUGCUGAAGCUAGGGUUCAGGAGGACUCUGUUUUCCGUCCUCCAAUCGAUAAAAUCUCCGAUCAAAUUGAGCUCAACAACAUUGUUAAUGAUGUCUCCACCAUCACAACACCAAAAGGACAAAAAUCUGUGAUUCAAGAAAUCUCAACAUGUCCACAAGCACCAAAGAAAUCAAAGAAAAGGAACAUGGAAAUGGAUUAUGUUAAGGUUAUUGAUGAUGAUGAUGAUUUUUAUAACACCAACAGGUCAAAGAUUUCGGCUAUCAGAAGAAAUUUCAACAUGCCUACAAGCAACACCAAAGUACUAAGAGAGAGUACCUUCAAAUUUCUCAAUCUUGUCGAUCAAAUUGAGCUCGACAAGAUUGUUGAUGAUGUCUCCUCCAUCACAAUUAACAAUGUAUGUUCAACACCAAAAGGACAAGAAUCUGUGAUUCAAGAACAAAGGGUGGUUUCAAAGAAAAGGAACCUAGAAUUGGACAUGGAUUCUGUUAAGGAUACUGAUGAUGAUGUUUAUGACACCAACAGGUCAAAGAUUUCGGCUAUCAGAAAAAAUUUCAACAUGUCCACAAGUAACAAAGUAAGAGAGAGUACCUUCAGAUUCACCGGUUUCAUUUGAAGGUCAAAGAUUUCGGAUAUCACAAGACUCGGAGAUUUUGCUUCAAGAUUCUAUUCUUUCAUUUGUUUGCUAAUGUAUAUGUAUAUGCUUCAGAAUCUUUGAUUUGAAGUUAGUAUUGAUGUUAGGGGACAGUGUUUUAUUCCUUAAUCCUUUUUAAUUUUCUGAUAAUUUUAGCUUAUUAUAGUU